AUGGCCACCCGCUCCUGUCGGGAGAAAGCUCAGAAGCAGAAUGAACAGCACCAGGCCAUCCUGGCCAAGCUGCUGCGGGAGGAGGACAACAAGUACUGCGCGGACUGCGAGGCCAAGGGUCCAAGAUGGGCCUCUUGGAACACUGGGGUUUUUAUUUGCAUCAGAUGUGCUGGAAUACAUCGAAAUCUGGGGGUCCAUAUAUCAAGGGUCAAGUCUGUCAACUUGGACCAGUGGACACCAGAACAAAUACAGUGCAUGCAGGAAAUGGGAAAUACUAAAGCAAGACUACUUUAUGAAGCUAAUCUACCGGAGAACUUCCGAAGACCUCAAACAGAUCAAGCUGUGGAAUUUUUCAUCAGGGAUAAGUAUGAGAAGAAGAAGUAUUAUGACAAAAAUGCAAUUAAUGCCUUCAAUAUCUCCUCUUCUGAUGCUGCUCAGCCUCUGGCUUCCUCUCCUUCUCUGCAAGCUGCUGCUGAGAAGAGCAAAGCAGAGAAGGAAAAAGAAAAAAAGAAAGAAGAGAAAAAGAGGGAGAGAGAAUCAGAAAAACCCUCAAAACAGUUAGCAGUUGAAAAGGUAAGAAGAAAGGAUCAGCAAUCAGAAGCUAAAGCAAGUCCCAAAAAGUCAUCAGAACCCACAAUUGACCUUUUAGGACUUGAUGGCCCAGCUGAAGCAUCUGUUGCAAACGGAGGCACUGCUGCUGUCACAGCGCUGAGCGAUGACCUGGAUAUCUUUGGUCCAAUGAUCUCUAAUCCUUUACCAGCAGCUGCUGCACCUCCUGCUCAGAGCACCUCCACUAAAGCAGCAGCAGCUGCCCCUUUGUCUGCGGCCUCCGGGGACCUGGAUCUGUUCACGGAGCAAGCGCCCAGGUCGGAGGAGUCGGCCAAGAAGCAGCUCUCCAAAGACUCCAUCCUGUCGCUGUACGGCACAGGGAGCCUGCCGCAGCAGAGCGCGCCGGGUAUGUUCAUGGGGUCAUCUUCUAUGCCAUUUACCACACAACCACAACCAUCAACUCAUUUUCAAGGCUUUCCAGCCAUGGGAGUUCCUGUGCCUGCACCAACCGGGAUGAUGGGCAACAUGAUGGGACAAUCUGUGCCAGUCAUGGGACAGAGCACAGGCAUGAUGGGAGGAAUGGGAAUGCCCAAUGGAUUUACUGGUACUACACAGACUGGUGUGAUGGGACUUCCUCAAAAUGUGGUUGGACCUCAGAGCGGGAUGGUGGGACAGAUGGUGACGCCACAAAGCAAGUACGGAUUGCAACAAACCCAACAACCUCAAUGGAACCUCUCUCAGAUGAAUCAGCAGCUGGCUGGGAUGAAUCUCGGCACCUCCAGCACGGCCAUGGGCUUUGGCCAGCCCCCCAGCACAGCAGCAGGCUGGACUGGAAGCUCCUCUGGUCAGACUCUCAGCACACAACUGUGGAAAUGAAAGCUGCAAUAGAAGUCUCAACACCCACAGCGGCCACCCUGACAUUCCUUGC